AUGGUUCAUCCCAAUCUGUCAGUCAUAUCUUCACGUCGAAGCUGGCGAACCCUCCAACGCCGGAAUAGACUUGAUUUCUUCUCUUCGAAAUAUCCGCAGUCCCGGUCGUUUGCCCAGAAGCCGUCCCUACUCCGAGUAACUCAACCGAUAUUACGACCUCAAUUACCCUUCCUUCAUCCGGUAUCACGGACAGCAAUAGCUCAAGCCCAAGUCGGGCGAUUUAUUUCCACAGAACGAAAGCAACGCUGGAAAGAACAAUUACGACGCCAAUUACGUUUUCACGCAUACCUCUGGCCAUCAGUGAUACUUCUAGCCAUCCUGGCGCUAGGUAUCCAUCAUACCAAACUUGAACGAGAUUAUCCAACUCCGCGAGAAUGGACAUUUUGGAGUCGAUGGCUGUUGCGCGACGCAAAAUAUACCGAGCUUGGAGAAGAGGCCAAAAUAGACCGGAUCUUUACAGAUUGGUCGAAAGCUGGGCGUUUAUACCAGGAACUCUUAGCAAGAUUGGAGAGCGAAGACUUUGAUGGGAAGUUCUUGAUGAGGGGGGGCUCUGUCAUAUGGCCAUCCGCCGAUGGUGUACAGGAACACCAAGUCUUCGACAUUAGUCCAAAGACUGAGCAAUGGCGGCGGGGCUACCACGACGCUCUAAUGGGAGCCGGACGUGUGGCAGAGCAUCUGGAUGGAAUGUGUAGGAGAAAAGGAGAAGCUCGGGGACGGGUGUACUCACGUGAGAACAUUCCCGGACCAAACAACCCACGACCUAAACCACUACCAUGGGACAAGAAGAAGGGACAUGAAACUCCUCCCACCGCGGAGGAGGUUGAAGAUGCCUUCCCAUCCCCAGAGUCUUUUUAUCGCAGAAUUUUGAACACUCGAGGGUUUGACACCCGACAACGACUCGACGCAGCUAUGGCGUACGCCGAUUGGAUGGCUUUCAAAGGCGAUGCUGACUCUGCAGAACGAAUCUAUCGUCAGGCUUUAGGCAUUGCUCAGUCAGGAUUGCCCGCCGGAAGGCCCGACGUCGUGGAUCGUCACACCGGAAUCAUACUCAAAGAAAGAGAGGACGCCGUCACGGACAAUAUCUUGAAAGCAAGUACUGCCAUGGGCGUUGAUUAUGCCCGGAUUGGAAGAGUCGAUAGAGCUUUGCCAAUAUUCCUCAGUGUUCUGAAGGCCCGGAAAAUCCUCCCUCCAUCUCCACCCGAGGUGGCGGGGACGGAGGCCCGGCGGACGAACGAGAGUCAAGGGCUCUGGCCGUACAUAGAUGCGCUGAAGGACUGGAUCAUUGAGCGACCAUACCCUCCCCCUCCGCCCAGCGGGAACGAAAGACCCUUUCACACACUGAAGGAAGCUUGUGAAGAAGUGGCAUUAAUGACUUACAUUGGAGAAAUUCUCUUUGCCACAAGUCAGAGCGAAAGAGAAAAAGGCCUCAGCUGGACCAGGGAUAGUGUUGAAGCAGCUGAAGCCGUGAUGUGGGUCAUGGACGAACGACGAGAGCAAGAUGGAAAAGAAAGGUGUCGCCAGUGUCUUGAAACAGGUCUACAGAACUGGAAAGAUAUGGCGCGACAAAUGGCUCAUCUCGCUGCAAAGAAAGAAAAGGAAGCUGAAAAUGGGUCGGGUCUGUUGGGACUUGGCCUCGGAAAAGCACAACAAAUUGACAAGGCUCGCAAAGAGAAACAGAGAUGGGAGGAAGAAAAUUUACAGAUUGAGUUAAGAAGGGAAAAAACAUUGCCCUUGAUACGACCUUUGCGAGCUCCUGUAGCGGCGGGAGGUUGGCUGUCUGGCCUUUUUUGA